UGUUUAGGGGAACCAAACUUUGCUUUUUGGUUACUUUAUUCAAUUCAUGUUUCCAAAUAGACCAACAUAGAGAAGACAAGUAUGAGUGUCACUUAUUCCAAUCCGUUAAUUCACUUUUCCACGUUAUACCAUUAGAGAAAGCAAAGCAUAUACAAAUAAUUGCCUGAGGGAAAGCUUCGUUCUCUAAAGAACACAUAUCUUCCCUGGUCCUGACAAAAAAAAGAAAAAAAAAAAAAAAGGAAAAAAGGGACUCAAAUUCUCUGUUUGAAAGCUUUCGACACUUCGAGCUUUCUUUCCAGGCAGAAAUGGCAGAAAUUAUCCUCUCCACCGUCGCCGAAGGGAUUUUUGAGAUGUUGGGUUCUCUUGGUGCUGGAGAGAUCAGAUUAAAGUGGGGUGUGAAUGAUGAGCUUGAACAACUUGAGGACACUGUUUCAACAAUCAAAGCUGUACUCCUCGAUGCCGAGAAGAAGCAGAGCCAUAACCAUCAAGUCAAAGUUUGGCUUCAGAGGCUUCAAGAAGUUGUUCUUGAUGCCGAUGACUUGGUGGAUGACAUAUCUUACGAAGCUCUGCGAAAGAGUCUGAUGUGGGGAAACAACAACAUGGUCAAGCAGGUAUGCACUUUCUUUUCCUCCUCCAACCAAAUUAUUUUCAGGCAUAAAAUGGGUCACAAAAUAAAGAAUGUGAGGAAGAAACUGGCUGCAAUUGGAAAUGAUAGAUUUCAGCUGAAUUUGGAGGAGCGUCAAGGAGAGACUAAUGUUGUGACUAGACUGAGGGACCAUACUCACUCUUAUGUAUCUGAGAAAGAAGUGAUUGGUAGGGAUGAUGAUAGGAUUGCCAUCUUACAGCUUCUGUUGGAUACCAAAACUAAGGAGAAUGUAUCUAUCAUCCCCAUUGUUGGUAUUGGCGGUUUAGGAAAAACCACACUUGCCCAACUUGUUUUUAAUGAUGAACAAGUUCACAAGCAUUUUGAUCUUAAAGUAUGGGUUUGCAUCUCUGAUAAUUUUGAUGUGAAAUUACUUGUUGAAAAGAUCAUUAAAUCUGCAAAUGUGGAACUUAGUAUAAAUAAGGAGAUGGAACAAUUGCAACAAAUUCUUCGUGAAAAAAUAAAUGGAAAACGAUAUCUUCUUGUACUAGACGAUGUCUGGAAUGAGGAUCAUAUUAAAUGGAACAACUUAAAAAGCUUACUAUUAAAUGGUGGAGCAGGAAGUAAAGUAAUUAUAACCACACGGAGUAAAGUUGUUGCAAGGAUUACAGGCACAAUGCCAGCAUAUGGCUUAAAAGCCAUGGAUAAAGAGAAAUCUUGGGCUCUAUUCAAGAAAAUUUCUUUGGAGCAAGGACAAGAAUUAAAUAUCAGUUCUAGUGUUUUAAAAAUGGGAAUGCAUAUUGUAGACAAGUGCGGUGGAAUUCCUCUUGCAAUAAGAACGAUAGGAGGCUUGUUGCGUUUAAAAGAUCCGGAGACAGAGUGGUCCUCAUUUAUGGAAAAAGAGUUUUCAAAGAUACCUCAAACAGAAGAUGAUAUUAUCCCAACACUUAAAUUGAGUUAUGAUCAUCUUCCAUCAAGUCUGAAACAAUGUUUUCUAUAUUUUUCUUUAUUUCCUAAAGGUUAUGAAAUUGAUGUGGAAAUUCUAGUACAGCAUUGGAUGGCGCAAGGUUUUAUUAAAAUAUCAGAUCCAACGGAUGAUUUGGAAAGCGUGGGUUAUGAGUAUUUUAAGGAAUUACUUUGGAGAUCCUUCUUUGAAGAAGUUAAAACAGAUGAGAAUGGCAAUGUAAUACAAUGCAAAAUGCAUGAUUUAAUGCAAGAGCUUGCGGAGUCAAUAACACAACCUGAGUUUGAUAGGCGGAAUGGAAAUACAGAACCUAUUAACAGUAAAACACGUCAUGUCUUGCUGUACAAUUUCGAUUUGGAUUUAGUAAAAAAAAUUCCAACUUCAUUGAUACAAGCUAAAAAGAUGAGAACGAUUCUUAGGCCUGAGUUAGAUAGAUGGCGGUCUCCGUAUGCAAUUACUAGUGGUGAGUCAACAUGCGAUGCAAUUGCUUUAAAUUUGAAGUUGUUACGCACGUUGGAUUUGCAACUUUGUGGUAUUGGGAAAGUGCCUAAAUCUAUUGGUAAGCUGAAGCAUCUGAGACAUCUUGAUCUUUCUUAUAAUGGUUUUAAGGUACUACCAGAUUGUAUCACCAGAUUGCAUAAUUUACAAACACUGAAGCUCAGUCGGUGCGAUCGUCUUCAAGUAUUGCCUAAGGACAUCAAUAAACUAAUCAACCUCCGGAGUCUAGAGAUUGAUGGGUGUUUGAGUCUGAAAUACAUGCCACGUGGAAUAGGUGAAUUAAGUAGCCUUCGUAAAUUAUCAAAGUUUACAUUGAGUAAGGACAUGAGUUUUUCCUCUAAGCAUCAGGGUGGCGCUGGGCUUGAUGAAUUAAGGAGACUGAACAACUUGAGAGGCAGGUUGGAAAUUGAAAACUUGAGAGUAGAUGCCAUGGUACAACCAAAGGAUGCAAUUCUCAAAGAGAAGCAACAUAUUCGAUCCUUAGAUUUAAGUUGGAUUGAAGAUGUUAAAUUGGAAGAAAUAACAGAGGCAGUGGCAGAGGGAUACGAAAUGCAAAUGGAAGGCCUCCAACCGCAUCCACAUCUCAAAGAUUUGUAUAUUGGGGGAUAUCAGGGUGUCAGGUUUCCAAGUUGGUUUGACUCGCUUACAAAUCUGGUAACAUUGGAUUUAUGGAAUUGUUACAAAUGCCAACAUCUACCGCCACUGCAUCAACUUCCUUGUCUCAAGGAAUUGAGGCUGUAUGAAUUGGAUGCUCUUGAGUAUGUUUCAAAGGAUGAGUACUUGUCUUGCUCAUCAUCGUCGUCUUCAACUUUAAUAUUUUUUCCUUCCGUAAAAGUCCUGUGGUUGUCUUCCUUGCCUAAUUUAAAAGGAUGGUGGGGGAGGAGUGAUAGUUCAUCUGCCAAAGCGAGGAGUACUCAUGAUGAACAUAUGAUGCCCAUAUUCCCCAAUUGUCUUUCCGAGUUAGUUAUCGAGGAUUGCCCAAGCUUGACAUGCAUGCCACUUUUUCCAUAUGUAAGCCAACGUGUAGAGUGGAGUAAUUCUAGUUGGAAGCCAUUCCAACAGACAAUCCUCAGUGUCAGUAGUGGCGGUGCAAGACCCAUUAAUGCUCAACCAUUAUCAUCAUCAUCAUCAUCAUCAUCAUCAUCAUCAUCAUCAUCAACAUCUUCCUACUACUCUCCACUCUGCAAAUUGAUGUCUUUGGCUAUUAAUAGCAUUCAUGAUCUACAAUUUCUCCCAGAUGAGCUGAAAAGCCUCACUUCCCUCAAGGAUCUGCACAUCGGGAACUGCCAAGAAUUUAAGUCUCUAUAUCCGGGUAUUCAGCAUCUCACCUCACUUCAAUAUUUAACGAUUGAAAACUGCAAGAAGCUCGACAUGUGUGAUGACGAAGCCCAUGCAAUUACAAUGUGGCAGCAACCUCUCAGAAGGCUCCAAACACUGUCGUUGUAUAGGCUUCCACAACUAGUGGAUCUCCCAGGUGGCCUUCAACACCUUACCAGCCUGCAGAAACUGGAGAUUAGUGAUUGUCAAAAUUUAGUCUCACUUUCGGAGUGGAUUAAAAGCCUCACAUCUCUUCAAUACCUUAAACUUUAUGGCUGCCCCAAAUUGGCAUCAUUGCCUGAAGAAAUAACAAGUCUCACCUCUUUACGCAGCUUGGAGAUUCAGUUUUGUGACGCCUUAUUACCAAGAUGUGAAAGGGAAAAGGGCGAGGAUUGGCCUAAGAUUUCUUUUAUCCCAGACUUGCGGAUCCAUUGAAGAUAGAAUUCAAAAACCUCUUUACAAGUUCAGGUAUAGGUAAUAAAAACUCAUUCAUGAUUCAUCACAACCAAUAUUGGUUUUCUCCUUUCCUAAUUAAUCAUCUUCUUCUUUUUUAUUUACAAUUUUCUGAAGUUUUCUUGUUUUUCUCAUUUGCAAGAUACUGUGGUAUGCGGAUCAAACUAAAUGUAAUAUUAGUAAUUUCUUUAAUUGUUUAAACUACUAUCAUUUGGUCUGUGGAAUAUUUGUGUAACAAGUUUUGUUAACUAACUAACUGACUGACUAUAUAUAUAUAUACAUUUUAUAGUUUUCUUAAUUUGCGCCCCCACAUUUUAUACAUAUGAUUGCCUCACAUGCAUAUAUGAUAUAUUAAACAUUAGUUUAUAAUGAUCAUUUGUUUGUUUAUUAAUUCAUUUAUUUUUGUUCUUUGCUGCUUAUAUAUAUAUAUAUAUAUAUAUGAAUAGAUACACAAAUCUCAAACCAGUUUGAUGAGUUGGUGAUUCAAUAAUUUUUUGUAUUGAGAAUUUCAUAGAAGCUGUGAAACCGGAUAUGGAUGAUGACAGAGUAGAGUAUAUAAAUACAUAUACAUAUAUAUAUGAAGGUGAAAAGGUCCAAGGUCACUCUCAAUCCUUUGCUAUCCUUCAUAGAUUUAUAAUGUGUCUAUUAUCUCCAUUAUCUUUAGUUCACUUGUGCGCUACUAGUUUUCAACGUAAUAGAGAAUUCAAAAUUUUCCAAUCUUGAAUUUUUGGAAGCUAUUGAAGAACAGAGCAUAUAUAGGAGAGCUCAAGCUUUGCGCCUAAAACAGUGGGAAAUGUAGUGGAAAUUUGGAUGUCACAGUGAUAAGACGAAGUUAGCAAGCUUUCAUUGCUUUCAUCUCUUCCUCCCGAAUUUUAUUUCUCUUAUUACUAUUCUUUUUUCUGAAGAGUGAUCUUUGCUUUAUGCAAAUUUUAAAUGACUUUAUUUUCAUGUGUUUUUCCAAAUUUCAUUGAUAUUCUAAAGUGAUUACCAAUUGUAAGUUUCAGGGAUAUAGGUAGCUUUGCUCAAAUUUAAUUAUUGCUGUCCUCUGUGAAUCUAUGACUGAUUAUAUAUAUGUAUACCUGUACGGAUUGUUUUGGUUUAGGGCAAGCCCACAACAGGUAAUGGCCACAAGGGAGAUGAUACAAAUCAAUCCUCUCUCAAGAAAGCGCCAUGUUCUUCUUGCUACUAGUGGAACAAUUAUAGGAGAUAGAGUGCUUCACAUCGAGCUCUGUCGAUAAGCUGAUAUCAUGGUUAGCACGCCGUUAUCAGCAAAUACGCUGGGCAAGUUUGUCGUAGAGACUUGGACACAUGGUAGAUAUGGAGAGCUAUAUAUGCAAGUCAAGGCUUUGUGGAUAGCUCAUUUCAACCCCACACACCAGUAAGCAUGUUUGUUUCCUGUGCAUGGUUAUUAGAUGAGUUAUGCAAGUUCAUAAGAAGGAUUUCCUGUAGCUGUCUUGGGCUUCUCUGCUUCCUUCACCAAGCUGUUCUCUUCAUUUUCUUAUUUGUGAUAGCUGGGGGACUUUGGUGACAAUUUAUUGACCUGCAUUGUCUGGGCAUGGAAUUACAGCAAGCCAUUCAUUGUUGCACCCACAAGGUGGCUAAAAUGUUCAGCAAAUAGGAUCAUAAAGCUGUAUAAUUUUGCAGACUGAUUUCACAGUUUGGCUUUGACUUUGUAUUUUUUUAACUUUCUAGAAUUGCGGUUGUGGCCCCUUUGACCUUUCUAAUCCAAUUAGCACUGCUGUAAGAGAUUUCUGAGAUUAAAUGUAACUUGGUUACUUGACCUACCAUUUGUCUGAUGGAUCAAUAAACAAAGUGUUGAAAUUGCAUAUCCUGUUUGAGUUAUGAAUUUCACAUGGUGCUAUUAUUGCUAUGAUGGAAUUAUGAUG